GACGACCUGCAGGCUGCCGAGCCCCACUUGAGCCAGCAUGCCCGGAUCCUGGCGGACAAUGUCCUACUGCCUGGUGCGCCCCUGUUCGUGGGGUACGUGGUCGGGCGGUAUGACGUUGCGGUUCACGAGGUGCCGGAGUUCAUGCAGCCGGAGCUAGAGGACUGGAUCCUGGUGUGCACGCCGAAAUCCUCGCCCGCAGCUGCGUCCGCGGACCUCAGGGAGCUAAGGCAGUGGGGCGAGAGGGUGGAUGAAAUCUGUUGGGCCAGCAGCCAGGACGUCGUCGACUGGAACUCCUUCCAGGCGGAACUGGGACCGGCCUUGCGCGCCUGGGCCGCGCGGCACGGCCUUCAGGGUCCCAGGCGGCGCGUGCCAGGGGCCUCGGAGCUCCAGGCGCCUUCUUUGCCCAUGUCGGUGCGAGAGCUGAGGAGCUGGCUGAAGAGCCGCGGCGUGGACAGCACAGGGCCAAAGUCAGCUUUGGUGCGGAGGUUCACGGCACUGCGGGGGCCAAGCUGA